UUUUUAACGGCAAGAAUAACUAAAGUAGACAUCUGUUUCUGUUUUUAAGAUAUUGAUUUAAGAAAACCACGCUGCGUUGAAUUGUAAUUUGUCCUGUUUUGAUGUUAAACAUCAGGUACGCGGAUUUAUUUCCUGUCCACAUUUGUUCUUUUUCUUUGACAUGAAGCUGUGUCCUACUUAAAUACUGUCGUUUAUACACGUUUUAAAAACAACUUAGGCAACAUUGAUUUUUUUUAUUAUUACAAAAACCCAGCUUUGGCCUUUGAACCGGUUUCCUGUGUUUACAGAGCAACCCAUUUCUCUUUGAUCGUUAUUUGGAGGUCUGUUAUGGUGCGUUCAGGAGCAGCCCCGGUUUCAAAGCGCCAUGUGAUGUGUUUAGGGCAUAUACUGUACUGUAUGGGGUAAAUACAUGUGGUUAUUAUCUCCUUCAGAGUCCAGGUACCCGUUCACCCUCCACACCCACAAUGAAUGAAGGAAUUGAUUCAUGUAUGCAACGUUCAAAGCUAAAGGGGCGUCUGAUGAACUAAGACUACUAGCUUAUAUCUUGUGAUUAGUUGGACAUACUUAACCCACUUCCUCUGUCUGCAACCUGUCCAGUGUAUGAUUGAUUCAUGUUGUCCUUUCUUAAACCCAAUCCAAAAACUGAUACAUACCAGGUCAGCAGGAUAACAAAUGACCUGCACCUUCUUUUUAAGCUGCAUGUGCUGAAAGAAAAGCGGGGUCAUAGGGCCUUUGGGGGUGUCUUUGAGGGGUUUCCUGAGGUUCACCAUGCAAAAUAAGGAGUAGAUUCUAAUAUAUAGGAUCAUUUUAACCAGUAUUUCUAGUCAAAUGUGUCUUUCCCAGUCUAUAGUUGAACAUUUUAGUGUGAAAUUAUAUUAAAUGUUUUAACCGUUUCAACAAUACAACAACAAUACCUAAAGCUUUUUGUAAGCUAUGAGUAUGGAAAGUUGAACUUUAUAAGGGUAACUCUGUGUGUAUCUGGAUAACCCACAUGAAACUGUUUUUUUCUUUCUCCUUCAAAACACAAAUCAUGUGAUCGCUCGCAUAAGCAUAAUAGAUUAGACCGCCUCUAUCAAAGGUUAUGUAACCAAAAAUAGUAUACAGGGCAUGAAAGCAAACUAAAUAUGAUGGAUAAUGGCGUCAUGCAAAGUUAAGAGGUGUCAAAAGUGUGUCUGUGAAGUGCUCAAAUGACAGCUUGCCAUCAGCUGAUCCUUGUCCCCCUCAUUUAACUGUGCAAAUCCUGCAGAGGAAUGUAUCAGUUUUUAAUUGAACCUUGCAUGCCAGCCUUUGCACAGCCAUUGUGUGCUCUCUGAGCAGUGAAUGGUAUCUAUACAGUUUCAUGAACGAGCAGAGAGAGGCACACAUUUCCUUAUUAGGAGUUGUUAUAAACUGAUACAGUACUCGUUUACAUUUCACAGAUAACAAACUACAUGUCAUGAAAGAAUGAAGGACCAGUGAUUGGAAAUGUCCCACAUACCAGGUUUUAUCACAGCAUACGCUUGAAUAAAAAUAGUUUUCUCACAAAGAUGCUUGAGAGUGGCGUGUUGAUGUUAUUAGGGACUUGUUAUGAAACAGUGUCUCCUAUUUUACUGCUGAUGAGUUUGCAUCACUGAAGCACUUGAACUCUCAAUGCUGCCUUCAGUUUCAUUUUAUUCAAUUGUACAAGACCAUAAUUCAAGGCCGACCCCCAGUCUUGGACAAGCCUCUAACUUGUUCUCUGUGUCUUCGACAUGAAUAAGAAGUGUGUGUGUGUGUGUGUGGGAGUAUGUGUGUGAGUCACACAUACUCACCCCCCACCACUUGGCUGUGUGUAUGUUUGUGGGCAGGGAGUAGUGGGAAGUGGAAAUGUACAGUCUGCCGCGUUGGUACCUGAGUCGUCUGUCACAGCUAGGCUGCGUCCAAUCUCCACUUUGGAUUUAAUUGUCUUUAGAAAAGGGGCGGGCCCUGCUGUCAGCUUCACUUCUUGUGACCGGUGUCCGCAUAAAGGCAUUCAGUACAGAGGAAUGGUAACAGCAGAGGGAGAGGAACUCUAUACAUAGUUGCAGCCAUGAAGGAAAUCAUGGCACAAAAAGAGAAGCUUCAAUGUUUAAAAGACUUUCACAAGGACACCCUUAAACCUUCACCGGGGAAGAGCCCGGGCACGCGAGCCGAGGAUGAGGCUGAAGGCAAGGCGCCUCAGAGGGAGAAGUGGGACAGUAAGCUCGACUUUGUCCUGUCCGUGGCCGGAGGCUUUGUUGGAUUAGGAAACGUCUGGCGCUUUCCUUACCUUUGUUAUAAAAAUGGUGGAGGAGCGUUUCUCAUCCCUUACACCAUCUUCCUGUUUGGGGGCGGCCUGCCUGUGUUCUUCCUGGAGGUUGCUUUGGGCCAGUACACGUCUGAAGGAGGGAUCACCUGCUGGGCCAAGCUCUGCCCCAUCUUCACUGGUAUUGGCUAUGCCUCUGUCGUGAUUGUAUCUCUACUGAACAUCUACUACAUCGUGAUCUUGGCCUGGGGACUGUACUACCUGUUUCACAGCUUUCAGCCGGAGCUCCCCUGGGCGAAAUGCAAGCAGCCCUGGAACACAGAAUUCUGUGUGGAGGACACGGUCCGCAAGAACAAGACCUAUUGGCUAGCAGCCAACAUUACCAACUUUACCUCCCCCGUCACUGAGUUCUGGGAACGCAACGUCCUGAGCAUCUCCUCUGGGAUUGAGGACAUCGGGACCGUGAAGUGGGACCUGGCCCUGUGUCUCCUAGCAGUGUGGGUUAUCUGCUUCUUCUGCAUCUGGAAGGGAGUCAGGUCCACUGGGAAAGUGGUGUACAUAACCGCAACUUUCCCAUUCGUGAUGCUGAUUGUGUUGUUGGUGCGUGGAGUGACCUUGCCUGGGGCAUCUGAAGGGAUCAAAUUCUACCUUUACCCUAACCUAACCCGCCUACAAGACCCAGAGGUGUGGAUUGAUGCGGGAACCCAGAUAUUCUUCUCCUACGCCAUUUGCCUGGGAGCCAUGACGUCCCUGGGGAGCUACAACAAAUACAAAUACAACUGCUACAGGGACUGUUUGCUGCUGGGAGGCCUCAACAGCGGUACCAGUUUUGUGUCUGGCUUCGCAAUAUUUUCCGUCCUGGGCUUCAUGGCACAAGAACAAGGGGUGGACAUUGCCGAUGUGGCAGAGUCAGGUCCUGGUCUGGCCUUUAUCGCCUACCCUAAAGCCGUGUCCAUGAUGCCGAUGCCAACCCUCUGGGCCGUGCUCUUCUUUGUCAUGCUGUUGCUUCUGGGCCUCGACAGUCAGUUUGUUGAAGUAGAAGGACAGAUCACCUCCAUUGUGGAUCUAUAUCCAGCAGUCCUCAGGAAGGGUUACCGACGGGAGAUGUUUAUAGCUGCGAUGUGUUUGAUGAGCUAUCUUUUUGGACUCGCCAUGGUAACAAAAGGUGGCAUGUAUGUGUUUCAACUCUUUGACUACUAUGCAGCCAGUGGUGUGUGCCUUUUGUGGGUUGCAUUCUUCGAAUGCAUUGCUGUCGCCUGGGUUUAUGGAGUUGAUAAUUUCUACGAUGCAAUUGAAGAUAUGAUCGGCUACAGACCAAACUCAUGGAUGAAAUGGAGCUGGUCUUAUAUCACACCUGUCCUCUGCAUGGGCUGUUUUAUCUUCUCCCUGGUGAAGUACAAGCCCUUGACCUAUAACAAGGUGUACGAGUACCCUGACUGGGCCAUCGGUAUUGGCUGGGUUUUGGCCCUGUCCUCCAUGAUCUGCAUCCCUAUGGUGAUGGUCAUCAAGAUCUUAAACUCUGAGGGAUCCCUGAUCGAGAGGAUCAAAGCAGUAGCGGCCCCGGCAAAGUCAGGCGUGAGUUCUCGCCCGAAAGAGUACAACGUGAAGGGCAGCGAGCUGACGCAGCCCCUGGACGCAAACGGGACCAAUGGCUUGAACAAGCCCACCCACACCAUUGUCGAAACAAUGAUGUGAGCGCUCUCUGUGAGAGGAAUAAGAUUGAUGUGCUUUCUGUUAUUAUCAUACUUGCUAACCUUGAUAAUGGUAGGUUUACAUCAUCCAAUAUAUUCACGUUAGAGAUACUCUGAUUUGAUUUUUAUGAAGAAAGUUAUAUAUUAUUGUUAUGGUUUUUUUUUUUCUCAUGUAAUUUUUUUUUUACUAUAUCAAUAUUGUUGUUACAAUUGUUGUUGCUGUAGCUGGCACUGAUCUCAGUUUAGGCAGUAUUUUGAGAUAGAAAAUGUUCAAUGUUUACUACCUUUCUCUUGAUUCCGGAGAAGAGAUGACGAAUUAGCUUUUACGGUGUAGUAGAAGAAAAAUUCUCACUUCACUUAAAUUUAGUAAACUAAAUGAGUAAUUAGCCAUGUAAAAGGGAAAAGACGUCUAAACACUCUCACUUUAUUGUUACUGUUUUGUAGCCCUAACUAUCUUUUUUAAUAUCCUAAUGUUCAUCCCUGCAGUGAAAAUGAAUGUACCCUUGUCUCUCAGAGUAGAAAUCCUUAACAUGUUAAAUGGCAAUAUGUAGUGUAUAGUUAAUCUUGCUUGACAUCCUUUAAGCUACAAGUUAAACAAGGCCUUGGUCAAAUACUAUGAGAAAGUCCACCCUCAAAAAUAGAAAAAGGAUAACAAGCAAAAAACAGCCGAGGAAGUAAGGAGGAAAGUGGCAUUUUUAGAGUAUUUGUACACAGCCUGUGUGACUACUAUAGUCAGUCCUAGUGCAUUUAUGGAAACCUCUCUUUGCACUUUAUGUCGUUUCACCUUUAUUGUAGUAUUUGUUUAUAUUGUUGCAAGCUAUUUGGAGAUGCAUUUGCAACACAUUUCAGGAGGAAUAUUUGUAGCUUUUAACUUUAUGAUAUUGUAAACUUUGAUAUACAGUAUCUAGUUGUAGCCUUGCUAAGACAUUGACACAUUUAGAGUAGAAAUCUGACAUCAAACAUUCUUAGCCAAAUCUGUGAGAACAAUUUUUAAAAAGUCAAAACCUUUCUUUUAACAAUCCUUAGCUUUUCCCGUUGUGCUCAUUACAGUAGCAGACGCGAUCUACAGAUCUACCACUGGAUUUUAGUUGAUAAUGUUCGAUUUAAGCAUUUGUAUCAUAGAUCUUAAAUGUUUGUAAAUCACUUAUGCCUUUUUGUAACAAUUUUAUACUGUACAUCAUUUGAACACCAUCACUGAUUAAUUAAUUUGACUGAACAUUUCUAAAUAUUGAUUACAUUGUAAGAUUGGAUUACAUUUUUCAGAGUGCAAUAUUCAUUGAAGCAAUGGAAUUCUCUGCUUGCUCAAAAUGCACCACAGAUUUGGAGUAAUGUUCAAUAAUGCAACAUCUUGCACUGUAAAAUACACAAUCUGAAGAAUGUGCAGGAGCCACCACAGUACUGUGCUGCUUUGUCAGUUAAAAUCUCGGAGAUUCAAGUGUACCAAAGUAUUUUUGUCUCACAGUUGUCCCCUUUUUAGAUGCACAUUGCAUAAUUUCUAUAUAGAUUACGAAUAAACAUUUUUUUCUUUGGA